UGCGAUUCCAAUCAGCGAAAUUUCAAGACGGCCGAGAGAGGGCUGGCGUUCUCUUUUCUUCCUGGUUUCCUUGCACGCUUUUGCGCUCAUUCAAACAGAGACUGCCGACCGAGACGUUCAACCCGGAAAGUUGUCGAGAUGCCGCUCGUCUUCUGCCCCAACUGCAGCAAUGUGCUGACCAUCUCUCGUGCGGAUUCAACCACCCAGUACCCGAUGGGCGUGAACCGCUUCGAAUGUCGCACUUGCCCUUACGAAGACAUUAUCGGAGACCGAUCCUACUACGAGAAAACCGAGAUGAAACAGAAGGAGGUGGAAGACGUCUUUGGCGGCGCGAACGAGUUUGCCAACGCCGACAGCGUUGCUACUCAAUGCCCGGCGGAGAACUGCAACGGGGACCGUGCAUACUUCUUCCAGCUGCAGAUUCGUAGCGCCGACGAGCCGAUGACUACGUUCUUGAAGUGUACGAGCUGCGGUGCUCGGUGGAGAGAAAACUGAGGGGCUGGAAGCAGCGAAUUGCUUGGACUUGGGGAAGUCUACGAGUAUUUGCACUUGGUUGCGCCCUCGUUUUCUUGGAGAUUGACUACUGUCUAUGAGUUUUAUGAUUGCGAUCUCCCUCUCCAUCUUGCUUGGACAAGGGAUUGGAUGUGGAAAUACCACGGGCGUCGGGGGUCUGUUUCAGAUAUCACCAGAAAAAUGGCGCAUUUUGCGACCGGGUUCAGCGACAAAAAGGGCGUUUGGGAGUGCAGCCAGCAAUUGAGAUACCCCGGCUCCUUUAGCCAGGCUCAUGCGAAUAUGAAUUUUUUUUUUCUA